UGCUGGGCGCAAGACGUCGAUGGCGGUCCCGGUCGCUGUCCCGGUGCCGGCGGGGGCGGGGCGAGACCCGCGGCCGGCACCACCCGCCUCUCAGCGGCGCAGCCCCUUUAAAUCCAAGAUGGCCGCCGGCGGCAGCGCGCCACCUGCCGGCCGCCCCGGCCCAGACCCGCGGCGGCCCCGCCCCGUCCGGCGGCGCCUUCCCGCGGCCAUGGCGGCGCUGGGGCUCUGCCGCGCCUUCGGUGCCCUCCUGCUGUCGGCGGGCCCCCGCCGGGCCCGGCCCCCGGCGCUGCCGCCCGCCCCCCAGCCCUGGCUGCCGGGGCCGGUGUCGGCGCUUGCCGCCUGCCGCGGGCUGGGCGGCUCGGCGCCGCGCUGCACCACCGACCCGCUGUGGAAGUGCCGGGCCAAGUACACCGUGCGGCCCGUGGGCAUGAAGAAGACGGGCGGCCGCGACCACACAGGCCGCGUCCGCGUGCGGGGAAUCGGCGGGGGACACAAGCGGCGCUACCGCAUGAUCGACUUCCAGCGCCUCCGCUACGAGGAGGGGGCCCCGCCGGAGCCCUUCACCGAGAAGGUCAUCAGCGUCCGAUACGACCCUUGCAGGUCGGCUGACAUCGCCCUGGUGGCCGGCGGCAACCGCAAGCGCUGGAUCAUUGCCACGGAGAACAUGCAGCCAGGGAACAGCAUCACGAACUCGCCUCACAUUAGCAGGAUGGCAGUGUCAGCCAGUGAAGGGGACGCGUACCCACUGGGGGCUCUGCCUGUUGGCACACUGAUCUGUAACCUGGAGAGCCACCCUGGGAAGGGAGCGCAGUACAUCCGGGCGGCCGGCACUUGUGGGGUGCUGCUGCGGAAAGUGAAUGGGACAGCCAUUGUGCAGCUGCCGUCCAAAAGGCAUAUGCAGGUGCUGGAGACCUGCGUGGCCACGGUGGGCCGCGUGUCCAACGUGGAUCACAACAAGCGGGUGAUCGGGAAGGCGGGCCGGAACCGCUGGCUGGGCAAGCGCCCGCACACGGGCUUGUGGCACCGCAAGGGUGGCUGGGCCGGGCGCAAGAUCAAGCCUCUCCCCCCCAUGAAAAGCUAUGUCAACCUGCCACGGGUCAAAGCAGUGGAGUGAUGCCCGGAGCAAAUAAAGUGGUUUUCAUACUA